AUGCAGCACAGAAAGCCCGCACUUACGCCCGAGAACUAUACGAGGGCAAUAUUCUCCCUUUCAAGGCGGCUGUCGAAUACUUCUGCCUUUCCGGGAAACAAUUAUACCGACCCCAGAGAAUGGAUGCUACAAGAUCGUAGCCUUUUCAAGUCGACGAAACUGGAAGAUGAUGCCAUUCGCUUCGCCUCGAAGUCUGAACAUCCUCACGAUCUAGUGGUGGUUUAUAACAGCGCGCAGAGAAAGUGGGAUGUGCAAGCAUAUAGACAAGAGCAACACGCGGUCUUCUCUGCUGAUACGUCUGUCCCAGCUAGCGAUUCGGGGCAAAUUGUCUUCAUCCGAGGCUCCAUAUCACCGUCGUGGGUGUCGGCCAUUGGGAGCAAAUACAAUAUCGAUCCAGAAUUCUUUAGGCGACAUAUGGAUUUCCUCUGCGCAAGCAUCCACAGACAUUCGUACGGUUUUCCAUCCCUUCCAAGCACCUCUAACAACAUCAUUCGACUGUGUGUGAGCACUCUCCUUCAUCGCGAUGAUUUCGGCGGACAGGACCUCCAGUCACAACGAUCACAUCAUUCCGCUGAACUCAGGAAAUACAAGAUGCGACAGCUCGGCUCUACCAGAGUCUGCUGCGGAGAUUCACUGGUACGCGAGUACUCCACUAUAUGCUCGUCCUUCUCCGUGGUUGAACAAUGGAUUUCACUUUGUAUCGCCAAGACAGGCAAAGGCUGGACCGUUAUUGCUUGGAUGGACCAGGGUAGACCCUUACAGGAAUCUCCUCCGGGACCAUGGACAAGUCACUUCGAAUCCCAGGCUACACCACUACCUGUUCUCCAACAUCAUCCGAAAAUGGCGUUUCGAACCACUCACAAUCGCCUAGAUCAGGAGCUGAAAGCUUCCGCAGAAGUCCAGCAAAGCACUGCCCUUUUGCCCUUACAAUACGAUUCAUUGGUCGCGCUUGUUAAUCUAGCCCGUCGUGCCCCUCGAGAUCCGCUUGCAAUGUGCAUUUCUCUGUUCACACAUGCGGCGUUCUCCGAGGUGCAAUUUUUGAAUCUCCUAGAGUCGAAAAUUGAAACUCAGAUAAACUCCAUAACUGAAGGGGUUUCCGCGGAUGAGUUGCUGGGAACGCUUCAAUACUUCUUCCACAUUCUCAACCGACAUGCGCAGCAGUUGAACGAUAGCACUCGUGCACUCUCCAAGUUGGCUGAGCGCAGUAAUCAAGCAUUGGACGGACCUAGGUUGGACAUUCCGGGCCCGAAGAGUACUACGUCGCCAGCAUCUGGCAUGGGUAUACGUUGGCAGACUCCAGAGACCGAAACGGCGAGAAAUUUUGGGUUUAAUAGCUCUGAGAGUGCUUUUACAACGAAAGGCCUCUUAGAGGAUUAUGCACAGCUCCAUGUUCGGUGCAUGGAGUUGUCGAACAUGUGCACUCGAGGUAUAACCUUGGCAAUGAACAAAGCUACAAUUGCGGAGUCUCGCAAAGCAAUCGAGCAAUCCGAGCGACUCAAGAAGUUGACUUUGCUUGCGACACUCUUCAUUCCUCUUACGUUUAGCUCCAGUUUACUGGGGAUGAACAUUGAUCUCCUGGGCCAGAAUGCUGUAAAAUUCUGGUGGUUUUUUAUCUUGUGUAUUCCAGUCACUCUCUGUUCCUAUAUUUUGUUUAUUUGGGACUACCAGGCUAUGCAGCAGUAUUGGGCGAGGCUCCGGAAAAGGCAUCGCAGUACGGGGCGUGAUCUGAAGGCUGGAGGCAGCGAGAAGGACCCAAGUCAUAUUGUGUGA